CUGGGGGAAAGGGAGGAGGGCUGAGGAUGAAGGGUGUUCCCUCCUCCUUCUGCCUAUGUGUUAAGUGGCAAGAUAAAUUUUGAAAGCUGCUGUGAGGAGGAGCUACUGACUGGGUUUUGGGGUGUUUUGUACCCCACCCUCCUCACUUGUAGGAAAGCCUCUUUGCAUUUAGACCUAAUUGAACUGGAAGGAAGGAGACUGGCCAGGGAAUAGGGGGAAAGAAAUUCUCCCGUUGCUCCUCCUACUGUUUAUCACUUGCCUCCGGACUGUCUUCCAAACCAAGCUCAGCUGCAUCAAGGUGGCAGCAGAAUACCCUGUGCAAGUGCCAGCGUCUUCUUAGCCGCUCUGUGCAUCCCAGGCUGCCCUGUUAUCUGGCCACCGUCCCUGGCCAUUGGGACUGCUUCUGAUGGCUCUGGCCUCCGCUGCCCCAGGGAGCAUCUUCUGUAAGCAGCUCCUUUUCUCUCUCCUGGUUUUAAUAUUACUUUGCGAUGCUUGUCAGAAAGUUUAUCUUCGAGUUCCUUCUCAUCUUCAGGCUGAAACACUUGUAGGCAAAGUGAAUCUGGAGGAGUGUCUCAAGUCGGCCAGCCUAAUCCAGUCCAGUGACCCUGCCUUCAGAAUUCUAGAAGAUGGCUCAAUUUACACAACACACGACCUCAUUUUGUCUUCUGAAAGGAAAAGUUUUUCCAUUUUCCUUUCAGAUGGUCAGAGACGGGAACAACAAGAGAUAAAAGUUGUACUGUCAGCAAGAGAAAACAAGGCUCCUAAGAAGAGACAUACCAAAGACACAGCCCUCAAGCGCAGCAAGAGACGAUGGGCUCCUAUUCCAGCUUCAUUGAUGGAGAACUCGUUGGGUCCAUUUCCACAACACGUUCAGCAGAUCCAAUCUGAUGCUGCACAGAAUUACACCAUCUUUUACUCCAUAAGUGGACCAGGCGUGGACAAAGAACCCUUCAAUUUGUUUUACAUAGAGAAAGACACUGGGGAUAUCUUUUGUACAAGGAGCAUUGACCGUGAGAAAUAUGAACAGUUUGCGUUAUAUGGCUAUGCAACAACUGCAGAUGGCUAUGCACCAGAAUAUCCACUCCCUUUGAUCAUCAAAAUUGAAGAUGAUAAUGAUAACGCCCCAUAUUUUGAACACAGAGUGACUAUCUUUACUGUGCCUGAAAAUUGCCGAUCCGGAACUUCAGUGGGAAAAGUGACCGCCACAGACCUUGACGAACCUGACACUCUCCAUACUCGUCUGAAAUAUAAAAUCUUACAACAAAUCCCAGAUCAUCCAAAGCAUUUCUCCAUACACCCAGAUACCGGUGUCAUCACCACAACUACACCUUUUCUGGAUAGAGAAAAAUGUGAUACUUACCAGUUAAUAAUGGAAGUGCGAGACAUGGGUGGUCAGCCUUUCGGUUUAUUUAAUACAGGAACAAUUACUAUUUCACUUGAGGAUGAAAAUGACAAUCCACCAUCUUUCACAGAAACUUCUUAUGUUACAGAAGUAGAAGAAAACAGAAUUGACGUGGAGAUUUUACGAAUGAAGGUACAGGAUCAGGAUUUGCCAAACACUCCUCACUCAAAGGCUGUAUACAAAAUCCUACAAGGAAAUGAAAAUGGAAACUUCAUAAUUAGCACAGAUCCAAAUACAAAUGAAGGAGUGCUGUGUGUUGUCAAGCCAUUGAACUAUGAAGUCAAUCGCCAAGUUAUUUUGCAAGUUGGUGUAGUUAACGAGGCACAAUUCUCUAAAGCAGCGAGCUCACAAACUCCUACAAUGUGCACUACAACUGUCACCGUUAAAAUUAUAGACAGUGAUGAGGGCCCUGAAUGCCACCCUCCAGUGAAAGUUAUUCAGAGUCAAGAUGGCUUCCCAGCUGGCCAAGAACUCCUUGGAUACAAAGCACUGGACCCGGAAAUAUCCAGUGGUGAAGGCUUAAGGUAUCAGAAGUUAGGGGAUGAAGAUAACUGGUUUGAAAUUAAUCAACACACUGGCGACUUGAGAACUCUAAAAGUUCUAGAUAGAGAAUCCAAAUUUGUAAAAAACAACCAAUACAAUAUUUCAGUUGUUGCAGUGGAUGCAGUUGGCCGAUCUUGCACUGGAACAUUAGUAGUUCAUUUGGAUGAUUACAAUGAUCACGCACCUCAAAUUGACAAAGAAGUGACCAUUUGUCAGAAUAAUGAGGAUUUUGCUGUUCUGAAACCUGUAGAUCCAGAUGGACCUGAAAAUGGACCACCUUUUCAAUUCUUUCUGGGUAAUUCUGCCAGUAAAAACUGGAACAUAGAAGAAAAGGAUGGUAAAACUGCCAUUCUUCGUCAACGACAAAAUCUUGAUUAUAACUAUUAUUCUGUGCCUAUUCAAAUAAAAGACAGGCAUGGUUUAGAUGCAUCACAUGUGUUAACAGUGAGAGUAUGUGACUGUUCAACUCCAUCUGAGUGUAGAAUGAAGGAUAAAAGUACAAGAGACGUUAGACCAAAUGUAAUACUUGGAAGAUGGGCUAUUCUUGCUAUGGUGUUGGGUUCUGUAUUGUUAUUAUGUAUUCUGUUUACAUGUUUCUGUGUCACUGCUAAGAGAACAGUCAAGAAAUGUUUUCCAGAAGACAUAGCCCAGCAAAAUUUAAUUGUAUCAAAUACUGAAGGACCUGGAGAAGAAGUAACGGAAGCAAAUAUUAGACUCCCCAUGCAGACAUCCAACAUUUGUGACACAAGCAUGUCUGUUGGUACUGUUGGUGGCCAGGGAAUCAAAACACAGCAAAGUUUUGAGAUGGUCAAAGGAGGCUACACUUUGGAUUCCAACAAAGGAGGUGGACAUCAGACCUUGGAGUCCGUUAAGGGAGUGGGGCAGGGAGAUACUGGCAGAUACGUGUACACGGACUGGCAGAGUUUCACCCAACCUCGGCUUGGCGAAAAGGUGUAUUUGUGUGGACAAGAUGAGGAGCAUAAACAUUGUGAAGACUACGUUCGUUCGUAUAACUAUGAAGGCAAAGGUUCUCUGGCCGGCUCAGUAGGUUGCUGCAGCGAUCGGCAGGAAGAAGAGGGACUGGAGUUUCUAGAUCACCUGGAACCCAAAUUUAGGACAUUAGCAAAGACAUGCGUCAAGAAAUAAAUGUGCCUUUUAAUAGUGUAAUAUCCACAGAUGCAUAAGUAGGAGUUUAUUACAUGCAGAAUGUUAGCAGCAUCUGCUAAUGUUUUUGUUUAUGGAGGUAAACUUUGUCAUGUAUAGGUAAGGGUACUAUAAAUAUGAGAUUCCCCUACAUUCUCCUUGUCUGGUAUAACUUCCAUGUUCUCUAGAAAUCAAGGUUUUGUUUGUUAAUUCUCUUUUAUAUGCAUGUAUAUAUUGCCCUUUUCACGACUGUACUGUACACUUUCUUGCACCUUUUAUUUGCAAACUGAUGUUACUUUUUGUGCUGUGGAAGAGCAUUUGGGAAAGCUGGGUAUUAUAGAGGCCAAUGAAAGAUGAAUUUGCGUUGUAGAUGUACGAAUUAAAUAUUUUCUUCAAAAUCUUGGGGAGAAUUAUGUUCUUAGAAAUAUUUUCUUUGGUGCCAGAUAAUUGCAUUCUCUCCACCUGAGUGGUUUAAAAAGGACUUUUAAGUAUUCUUCAGUGCAAUCUUAAGUUUUGUGAUUAAGUUCAUUUCUCUUUUACACUUUUGUACUCCUCAGAGCAGUGCUCCCAGCAUUGUUUUCUUUCAGCAUCCUUCAGAGCUCGGUCCCUGGACCUCUGCCCAUGUGGAUUUGUUGUUAGGUCACUCCAACUUCUAGGGUUCUUGGAAAGAUAAGGACCAGAACAAGCUCAUAGCAAAUUGAGGGGCAGAGAUUUUAUGAAGAUUACAUGAGAAGAUUUCCAUGAAAGAAUUGCAGCCCUGAGGUCCAUGGGUUGACUUAUGCUCACAAAUAUGUUUCGUUUGCUCAACGUGGUUUACUACUAACAUUUUAAAAAUAUAACUACUUUAGCAAAAACAUUCACUCUUGAGUUUGACAUAAGCCCGCCUUAUCUGUGGUUGCCACCUGCCAUCUCCAAGCAUGUGGACAACUAGCCCUGAUGGCAUUAGGCUGCAACUCUGAUAUACAGCGAUUAGCACCUUGAAUAUGCCAAAAAUUGAAUUACCAUCUGUAUUAAAACUUAAGACUCAGCCUAAAUUUACAGUUACUUUAAGAAAAUAGGCAGUCAGAAUUAGGGACUAGAAUGUAUAUGAGAAACCCCCACUCUACUAAAAAUAUAAGAAAUUAGAAGACAUGGUGGCGAAUGACUGUAAUCCCAGCUACUCAGGAGGCUGAGGCAGGAGAAUCGCUUGAACCCAGGAGGCGGAGGUUGCAGUGAGCUGAGAUUGCCACUGCACUCCAGCCUGGGCAACAAGAGCGAAACUCCGUCUCAAAAAAAAAAACCAAAAAAAAAAUUGAAAUCGAUUACAGCAACACUUACCAAACAUUUGUGGAAUGAUGAAUAAAUGAACGCACACAUUCAGAAAUAAUUUUGAAUGUAUAACAUUUUAAUAGGAUAGUAUAUUUUAUUAAUCUAAAAAGAAACUAUAUAUUUAAAUAGCAUUUUCGUAGUCAUUUGUGGCAAACUCUAUAAAUCUAUAAACAAUAACAGUAUGGAAAUUUCUCAUCCAGAAAAAACAAAGACUUAAAAAAAUCUAUUAACUAGAUAUUUUCUAACUAGUUAACUAUUUUUAAAAAUGAGUGGCUUUUUAAAAAAAUGUUGUGACUAGUCUUCUAAUUCUCAGUUCCAAAUUAAAGGCGCUUCUUGAUAUGAAAUUGGGUAUUGGAUCAGAAGAAAAAAGUGAUUUUAAUAAAUCAGAUUUUAUAAGGUAUCCAUAAUAUAUAAUUUUUAUAACCAUUAUAAAAUAUUUUUGUGGUCAUGCAAUUUUUGUUCUCUGAUGUACAGGUUGCUCUGAUAAUAUCAGUUCUAAAAUUUUAAAAUAUUAUAUAAAUUUGGACAUUUAUCAUAAAAAGUUACAUUCUUGAAUGUAGGUACAAAAUGUUCUUGGAGUAAUUAAAAAUCAUUAACUGAACCUUAACUUUAAUUGUACUUCUAUGUUCAGAUAUACAUUUUCUUUCCCACAAUUAAGCAAGUGAAAAGAAAUAUGAAGACAAAGGAACAUAUGUAAGUUAAAUUUCAGCUAAUGAUUUUUAGUUACUCCAAGAACAAUUUCUACCUACAUUCAAAAUGUAAUAAUUAAUAUCCAGAGGUAGAUAGCUCAGUCAGCAAGAGAAGAUACUCUAAAAGCAUUAGAAAAAUUACUAGAAAGUGUGAGAAAUAAAUUUGUAUUAAACAAUUUUGGCCAUUUAAAAUAUUUUCAAAAUAUCAUUAGAGUUUAUCUCAGAGAAACUUUGACUGUCUUUUGGUUUACUUAGGCAAUUCAAAAUCAUUCUCUGCUUACUCCCAAAAUUAAAUGUUAAUUGUAUGUUUGAUAAAAUGUGUGACACUCUGUCAGACUGCUUACAAAUUUCAUUUGUUAAUAAAAGAUUGUAUUUCAUGGAUUUAUUUCAUAAAACUUAAUUGUCAAUUAAUAAGUUAAUAGUUAUGACUGGUUUUUCUAGAAUUAAAUCAGUAUUGAGGAAGAUAUACAGUUAAAUUUUCUUAUCUUAUUUCAGAUCUCAAAUAUUUCAUGUGAAAAAAUUUCAUGAGAACACCAAGGUAGAUGAAAAUCAACGUAAUUUUAUAAGUGAGCUUCAUUAGACAUGUCCUAAUUUUACUGAACUUCUGCUUACUCCUGUGUUUAUUAAAAGUAUUUCAUACAACUUGACAUCUAUGCAUAUAUUUACUUUCAGAAAAGUCAUAUGCUGUGUUAUUUAGAAAAUGCUCAAAAUAGAUGUUUUAGAGUCAAAGAUUUUUAUUAUCACAGAAAAGCCCUCUUUUUAUUGCAUGUUAAUUAUGAAAGUUCUGUACUAGUUGAAAAACCUAAAUGAAAUUAGGGUAAUGAAACAAACAAUGUAUAUUGCUGCAUUUUUCUACUCUCUUUUAUCUGCUUUUCUAAUAAAUCUGAAGGAGUGUUGCAUUUGACUAGACACUGCAUUUGUCUUUCUGCUUUUGUAGAAAAGAAGAAAAUAAAGAAGUAUAGCAGAAGAAAACAUUACUAAGAAUGGAUAGAUUCUUGCAUAUUUUAUAGGGCCCAAUAAAAUUAAGUUAGCAUAAUUUUUCAAAACUCUUCAAAAAAAUGUUUACAUAAAAAAUAAAAAUCACAUAUAUAUUACCUCAAAUCCUUACUACCAAAACCAAAAUAACUUUUUUAAAAUAGUUAUUUUAAAUAGACUAAUUUAAGUGUAUUAGAAGGAUUAUAAAAACAAAUGUGUGAAAUGCAUUUAUAAUAUAUAUUUUAUGAAGUUAAGUCUUUUAUUAUUUUAAGAUAUUCACUUCUUAAAGUAAGUUUUUUGAUUGACCGAAAUAAAAUAUCCUUUCAUAAAUCAAUCUACAGAGUUAGCA